UUGUGUUUAGUAGCAUUUCUGGUGAUAUACAUCACCCACUGGAUUAUGAAAUGGAGGAACCCAAAGUGCAAUGGGGUUCUUCCUCCAGGUUCAAUGGGUUUGCCUCUCAUCGGUGAGACACUCAGUUUGAUCAUUCCAAGCUACUCCCUAGAUCUUCACCCUUUCAUAAAGAAAAGACUUGAAAGAUAUGGACCUAUAUUUCGGACUAGUUUGGCAGGUAGGCCAGUUGUGAUAUCAGCUGAUCUUGAAUUCAAUAACUUCCUUUUUCAGCAAGAAGGGAGGUCUGUUAAGUUGUGGUACUUGGAUACAUUUUCAAAGAUCUUCGUGCUGGAAGGUGAAUCAAAGAUAAACGCAGUGGGCAUCGUUCACAAAUACGUAAGGAGAGCUUUCUUGAAUCACUUUGGCGCUGAGAGGCUUAAGGAAAAGUUGCUCCCUGAAAUACAAGAAUUCGUCAACAAAUGUUUAUGUUCUUGGUCAAUUCAGGAAUCUGUUGAAGUGAAACAUGUUGGCUCAGUUAUGGUUCUAAAUUUUAGUGCAAAGCAGAUGAUUAGUUAUAAUGCUGAAAAAGCUACUGAUGACCUGAGUGAGAAAUAUACUAAAAUCAUAGAUGGUCUUAUGUCGUUUCCCUUGAAUAUCCCUGGGACUGCAUACUAUAAUUGUACCAAGCACCAAAAGAAGGUAGAGACCAUGUUGAGGGAUAUGCUCAAGGAGAGACACGAUUCACCUGAGACCCAACAUGGGGAUUUCCUUGAUCAAAUUGCAAAUGACAUGGACAAGGAGAAGUUUUUAUCAGAGGAUUUUAUCGUUCACUUGUUAUUUGGGGGCUUAUUUGCUGCCUUUGAAUCUAUUUCAGCAGUGUUGGCAUUAGCCUUCAGUUUACUUGCAGAGUAUCCUUCAGUCUUACAAGAGUUUACUGCUGAGCAUGAAGCUAUUCUCAAAAAUAGAGAAGAUCCAAAUACUUCACUCACAUGGGAUGAAUAUAAAUCGAUGACUUUUACUCUUCAGGUUAUCAACGAAGCUCUUCGGUUGGGUAAUGUUGCACCCGGCUUGUUGCGUAGAGCUUUGAGAGACAUCCCAGUAAAGGGAUUUACAAUCCCAGAAGGUUGGACGAUUAUGGUUGUCACGUCUGCGCUUCAGUUAAAUCCCAACACAUUUGAGGAUCCCAUUAAGUUCAAUCCAUGGCGUUGGAAGGACAUUGACUCACACUCUAUAUCCAAGAAUUUCAUGCCUUUUGGUGGAGGAAUGAGACAAUAUUGGUGGAGGAAUGAGACAAUGUGCUGGGGCAGAGUAUAGUAGAGUUUUCUUGUCUACAUUUUUCCAUGUCUUGGUCACCAAAUAUAGGAUCUGGCUACAAAGAGGAUGAUUGGUUUGGGUGAACAACGCAACGGAUUAUAUUAUUUGAUGGCCUUAGCCAUGGAGAAGGCCAAGACCAGUC